UCUGAUUCACCCGUCGCGGUGGUUUGCUAGCAAACAUAAAACUGAAACGUUUAAGAUCUUUAGACCAAUCAAAUCUUGUGUAUAUUAAUCUUAGUGUUUAGAACAUCAUACUGUUUACCUAUCUACUCGUUCAUUUAAACGCAAUUUGCUUGUUAAAUUAGCAAAUGUGUUACAUUGGUUCUGCACUAGGCUAAUCUCCCUGAGUAUUUUUUAUUUUUUAUAUAUUUCACCUUUAUUUAACCAGGUAGACUAGUUGAGAACAAGUUCUCUUUUACAACUGCGAACUGGCAUGAGCUCACUAAACUUGAAGGAGAAAGAAGCUCAGAUGAAAGGAGAGGAAGAAGCUUUCAGGAUGAAAAAGGAGGAAGAGGAGGCUAUCACAUUGAAAGAAGAGGAUGAUAUUACAGUGAAAGAGGAAGAUGGGAAAGAGGUUGUCAGCGUGGAGGAGGAGGAGGUAGAAGCUUUCAGAAUCAAAGAGGAGGAAGAUGCCAUAACAUUGAAAGAAGAGAAUGUAGAGAAAGAAGAGGAAGACCCUUUUAGAGUAAAAGAGGAAGAGGAGGCUAUCUCAAUAAAACAGGAGGAAGAAAACGUUUUGGGAGUGAAAGAGGAGGAGACUGAAGAUCCGAUUAACACCAGAGAGAGACAUGACUAUGGUGGAUCCUCUGGGGAGCCUCAACAACAUCCUGAUGCUGACGAGGAAGAGAAGAGUCUCUCCAGAUCAGAACACCAGAUGGACAACGCUAGCCCCUCCUCCCUCCCGGAGUCCCCGUGUCGUGCCUCUCCCAGUAGCGCCUUACUGCUGGGUAUGAAGAGGUUGUCUGUGCUGCUGGUGGACUGCAUGAAAACAACAGGGCUGAGUGGAACUGUGAGAGGAGGAGAAGAGAAGAAAGGAUCAGAUUUGACACAUCAAAGAGAAAGACCAGACUCAGAAGAACCAGAGCCAGGGACGUCCAAACCAGCAAGAAGACACCAGUGCUCCCACUGUGGAAAGGGUUGUAACCGGUUAUGGGACCUGAAACAACACAAGAUAAUACACACAGGGGAGAAGCCUUACCACUGCUCCCAGUGUGGAAAGAGUUUUAACCAGAAAGGACACCUGAUCCAACAUGAGAGAAUACACACAGGGAAGAAGCCUUACGACUGCUCCCAGUGUGGAAAGGGUUUUAACCAGAAAAGCUACCUGAAAAAACACGAGAGAAUACACACAGAGGAGAGGCCUUACCACUGCUCCCAGUGUGGAAAGAGUUUUACCUACUUGUGUAAUCUGAAAACACAUGAGAGAAUACACACAGGAGAAAAGCUGUACUGCUGCUCCCAGUGUGGAAGGAGUUUUACCCACUUACGUAACCUGAAAACACAUGAGAGAAUACACACAGGGGAGAAGCCUUACCAUUGCUCCCAGUGUGGAAAGAAUUUUGCCCACUUAAAUAACCUGAAAACACAUGAGCAAGUACACACAGGUGAUAAGCCUUACUGCUGCUCCCAGUGUGGAAAGAGUUUUAACCAGAAAAGCUACCUGAAAAAACACGAGAGAGUACACACAGGAGAAAAGCCUUACCACUGCUCCCAGUGUGGGAAGGGUUGUAACCAGUUAGGUGACCUGAAACGACAUGAGAGAAUACACACAGGAGAAAAGCUGUACCACUGCUCCCAGUGUGGAAAGGCUUGUAACCACCUAGGUGACCUGAAACGACAUGAAAGAAUACACACAGGAGAAAAUCUGUACUAUUGCUCCCAGUGUGGAAAGGGUUGUAACCACUUAGGUGACCUGAAACGACAUGAGAGAAUACACGCAGCAGAAAAGCUGUACCACUGCUCCCAGUGUGGAAAGAGUUUUACCCACUUACGUAACCUGAAAACACAUGCGAUAAUACAUACAGGGGAGAAGCCUUACCACUGCUCUCAGUGUGGAAAACGUUUUAUCCACUUAUGUAACCUGAAAACACACAAGCAAUUACACACAGGGGAGAAGCCUUACCACUGCUCCCAGUGUGGAAAGAGUUUUAAUCAGAAAAGCUACCUUAAAAAACACGAGAGAUCACACACAGUAGAGAAGCCUUAUCACUGCUCUCAGUGUGGAAAGGGUUGUAACCAGUUAGGGGACCUGAAACGACAUGAGAGAAUACACACAGGAGAGAAAUCUUACCACUGCUCCCAGUGUGGAAAGGGUUUUAACCAGUUAGGGGACCUGAAACGGCAUGAGAGAAUACACACAGGAGAGAAGGCUUAUCGCUGCUCCCAGUGUGGAAGGGGUUUUAACCAGUUAGGGGACCUGAAACGGCAUGAGAGAAUACACACAGCAGAAAAGCUGUACCACUGCGCCCAGUGUGGAAAGAGUUUUACCCAGUUAUUGAACUUGAAAACACAUGAGAGAAUACACACACAGGGGAGAAGCCUUACCACUCCUCCCAGUGUGGAAAUCGUUUUGAUCAGUUAGGUAACAUGAGAACACAUGAGAUAAAACACACAGAUCAGGAUGUAGGCUCUGAACAGUAGGAAAGAGGACAGAUUUAGGCUGCUGAACAGUAGGAAAGAGGACAGAUUUAGGCUGCUGAACAGUAGGAAAGAGGACAGAUUUAGGCUGCUGAACAGUAGGAAAGAGGACAGAUUUAGGCUCUGAACAGUAGGAAAGAGGACAGAUUUAGGCUCUGAACAGUAGGAAAGAGGACAGAUUUAGGCUCUGAACAGUAGGAAAGAGGACAGAUUUAGGCUGCUGAACAGUAGGAAAGAGGACAGAUUUAGGCUCUGAACAGUAGGACAUCGGAGAGGUGCAAGCCUGAUACGUGGUGGAGAGUAGGCUGCAGAGACUCGGGAAAUUUGUGUUAGGUAUUGACUUUCCAGUGUUUUCCCUGCUGCAUCUAUUUUUAUGUAAAUAAACUUUUCUCAGUCUGAUUAUGGGGAUAAUUAAGCACUGGCCCAUAGGGAUGUGUAUCACAGUAUCAUAGGAUAUCAUAGGGAUGUGUAUCAUAUGAUAUCACAGGGAUGUGUAUCACAGUAUCAUAGGGAUGUAUAUCACAGGGAAUCAUAGGGAUGUGUAUCACAGUAUCAUAGGAUAUCAUAGGGAUGCGUAUCACAGUAUCAUAGGAUAUCACAGGGCUGUAUAUCAUAGGAUAUCACAGGGAUGUGUAUCAUAGGAUAUCACAGGGCUGUAUAUCAUAGGAUAUCACAGGGAUGUGUAUCAUAGGAUAUCAUAGGGAUGUGUAUCACAUUAUCAUAGGAUAUCACAGGGAUGUGUAUCACAGUAUCAUAGGAUAUCACAGGGAUGUGUAUCACAGUAUCGUAGGAUAUCACAGGGAUGUGUGUCACAGUAUCAUAGGAUAUCAUAGGGAUGUAUAUCAUAGUAGUGUCCUGAAUGGUCCUAUAAUGUAAACUUCCCAACAGGAAAUAAAUUCUAAACAAAAUCAUUUUCACUUUUAAGUUUCAAUUACAUUUUCAUCAAACUAACAAGCAAAUACUUUAUGAAUCUAUUAUUACUAAUCAACUUGCAAGGUUCCACAGAUCAAAAGAGCCUUGCAGAUUGAUGGCUGGGGCCCAUCCGAUGACAAGAGUCUGGGAAGAUAGUAGUGUAAGAUGGUAGUGUCUGUAAUUUUACAAUUUGUUAGAAGUAGUGUAAGAUGGUAGUGUCUGUAAUUUUACCAUUUGUUAGAAGUAGUGUAAGAUGGUAGUGUCUGUAAUUUUACAAUUUGUUAGAAGUAGUGUAAGAUGGUAGUGUCUAAUUUUACCAUUUGUUAGAAGUAGUGUAAGAUGGUAGUGUCUGUAAUUUUACCAUUUGUUAGAAGUAGUGUAAGAUGGUAGUGUCUGUAAUUUUACCAUAUGGACGAGCGAUGUCAGAGCGGAAUGGACUAAGAUACAGUAGAAUAGUAUAGAAUACAGUAUGUACAUAUGAGAUGAGUAAUGCCAGAUAUGUAAACAUUAUUAAAGUGACUAGUGUUUCAUUCCUUAAAGUGGCCAGUGAUUUCUGGUCUAUGCCAAUAGGCAGCAGCCUCUAAUGUGCUAGUGAUGGCUGUUUAACAGUCUGAUGGCCUUGAGAUAGAAGCUGUUUAACAGUCUGAUGGCCUUGAGAU